AUGACUCGGAAACUUGGUUUCACAAAAUACGUAGAAGACAGAGAGAAUGCGUCCUUGACGGACGAGGAGAAUGCACGGAGACUGGAUUUCUCCCAAAGUCGGAACGGGUUACCCACUUUGAACCGAAAUGCGUUCGAACGCAGUCUCAAUCGAAGUGCUUUUGAGUCAAGUGUGACUCGAAGUGCAGUUGAGCAGGUUGUACCGAUGCUGAAUCAAACCGGCUUGGAUCGAAAUUUCAAUCGCAGUGGCUUUGACCGCAGUUUCAACCGAAGUGGCUUUGAAACGAGUGGCUUUGAGCACCAUUUUGAGCAAAGUAGCUGCGGGUCGAAUCUCACGCGAAGUGGCUUUGACAGGAGUUGCAACCGCAGUCACUUUGAUCGAGGUCUGCAGCUGGAAAAUGGCCAAGCUUCGAUGAUUCCGAUGCUUGGUCCAGUGGAGAAUGCAAUGAUGAGCUCCGUGGUGAUUAUGAACCGAGUGGACUCGGCUGUUGACAGUCCACACAUACGGAAGGAGGAAGCAGGACGUGAUGGAGAGAGUGCGAUGCCGUUUCCAGCUUUGACGCGCCAAUUUGAAGUGAAUCUGCUCUCGCAACGACACAUUGGAUUGCUCGUCUCGUCCGGCUUUGCGGGCAUUCUCCAUAAUUGCUUAACGCAUGGCGUUCUACCGCUGCUGAAACAAGAGCUAAGGAUGAAAUCAUAUCAAGCAGAUGCAGCCUCGGUGUUAAUUCAGUUGCCGUGGUCUUAUAGUUUCAUUUGGGGCUUCAUCUCCGACGCCGUGCCGAUCUUUGAUUCCCGACGUAAGGCUUACAUUAUUCUCGCAUGGAUGAUGACAAUGCUCGCGUGUUUUUUCAUGGCUUUACUGGACGAAUUUGUCUCGUACCGAGCGAACAACAAUGACGUGACUUCAGCUGAUGUGUUACGACAUGCUGCUACGCUGAUGGAUGCCUAUGUUUUCUUACUCAUUCUGGCCAACUUUGGCUGUAUCGUGGCGAUAGUUAUUGGAGAGACUUAUGUGAUUGCACAGACUCGGCGGGAACGCUUGACAGUUCGUGGACAAGCUCUUGGUACGCUGCUUAUGACACAGUAUGCAGGUCAAUUUUUCGGCCAAGUGAUUGCUGAUUACGCGAUUUUCCAGGUCUCGGAUCUAGGGGCUGUUCCCAAAGUCACGCUGCGUCAAACGAUGCUGUUCUUCGUGUUUUAUACGAUCGUUCCACUGAUCGGGCUAUGCACGUGCUUUGUCGAGAAGGCAGACCCACCAGCUAUCAAUGCAGCUCGAGAUCGAUUCAAUCGCGCAACUAUUGGCAACUUGGCAACGUCAGCAUCGGAGCUUCAGCGAGCUUACAUCACGGCUUCUAACUUUCUUCAGCGCUUGGCGCUCGCGUUUCGUGGCCACUGGAAUCGGCUGCGAAGUGCGUUGGGCAAAGAGUCCACUUCACGCGUUAUCCGGUUUUUGAUCGGUCUCAUCUUGAUGUCGGAGUUCUCGCUAACAUAUCCGAUUAAUCGGCUCGAACGAUGGUGUGGCAUGAAUGCAAAAGCUGCGUCAAUGAGCAGUAGCAUGUCGGAAGUGUUCUCGAUACUUCCCGUGAUCCUGUGGAAGUAUUUUUUCUUAAACAACGAUUGGCGCUGGUCCGUGUUCUCGAGCUUUGUCAUCGUCACGAUGACACCUCAACUUGUCUACUACCUCAUGGCAACUCUUCACCCAGCAUCACGUAACGUAGAUAUCUACGCCGUCGUGUCAUCGCUUACAGCUUUCCUUCGCAGUGCAAUUGUGAUCUUGGAACUUGCCCUCACUGCAGAAAUCGCUCCAGUGGGUGGCGAAGGUGCUUUUGUCGGGAUUGUCGUGUCCAUGGCUUCAAGUAUGCGGCUCAUGGCGAACACUGUCUCGAAUUUGAUUGGGUUCAUGUUUGAGGAUGUCGAGCACUCUGUCAGUGGGAGGUCCGACCCUGAUAGAAUGCAAGUGGCGUUUGCACUGGUAUUGUCGCACAUUAUUCGAGCCCUCGGUCUCGUGGCUUUGGUUUUUCUACCCAAGCAAAAACGACAUAUCCAGCGUCUACAUCGCUACGGCGAUAAAGACAAUCGAUGCACAACGUGGUGGGUCCUCGCAUGUCUCGCAUUGGCUUUCAUUGUCAGCACGAUCUUUAAUGCUUUGGCUAUUGCACCUUCAACGUCUUGCUUGAAAAUUGUGGGUGGUGAUGGCUGCUAG